AACACUGUAUAAAGACUAGGGGAGGCGAUAUGGAAUCGUCUUUGGGCUCUUUUUGACUCCUCCGGGUCGUGUUUUGAGGAACUGAACAAAGGUUUCUCUCAACUAUCGUGUGCGUAGUCUGCACAACGGCCUCAUUCGAACAUGGCUACGACGUCAGCACCAAUUGUUCCCUCCGCUUCUCCAUAUGCAGCCGAAGACAGUAAGAAUAUCGAGAGGAAGAUCACCUACCAUCGAGCCGUGGACAUGGACAAUAGAAGCAACAAGGAUGAAGCGGCCCUGGAGUCGGACCUGAGUGACCAGGAGCAGCCCAAAGAAUUCAAAGAAGGUGGCUAUGGCUGGGUUGUCGUUCUCACUGUGUUCCUCAUCAAUAUGCACACUUGGGGUCUCAAUUCUGCAUAUGCCGUAUUUCUUGCGUAUUACCUCAGCUCUGAUGUCUUUCCUGGAUCAACUGCGAUAGACUUCGCCUUCGUGGGUGGUCUCUCCAUUUCGAUAGCUCUACUGUUCGCACCUUUGGCAACCAUCGUUAUUGGAAAAUUUGGCACCCGAGUAUGCCUCCAGAUUGGUGUAGUGCUCGAGACUGCUGCCUUCGUCGGUGCCUCAUUCACAUCGCAGAUCUGGCACCUCAUCCUCAGCCAAGGCAUCUGUUUCGGCGCAGGCAUGGGCUUCCUCUUCACCGGCUCCGUUGGCCUCAUCCCCCAGUGGUUCACGCGCAAGCGCUCCCUGGCCAACGCCAUGGGCUCAGCCGGGUCGGGCUUUGGCGGGCUGACGUAUUCCCUCGCCGCCAACGCCCUGAUCACCAACCUGGGGCUUGCCUGGGCCUUUCGGGUCCUGGCCAUCGUCGCGUUCGCGAUUAACGCCAUCUGCAGCUUCCUCGCGCGGGACAGGAACAAGGAGGUGGGCGCCGUCCACCAGGCUUUCCACAAGGAGCUGUUCAAGAAGGUCGAGCUGUACCUGUUCCUGGCCUGGGGCUUCUUCUCCGUCCUGGGAUACAUCAUUGUGGUCUUCUCGCUGGCCGACUAUGCGAGUGCUGUUGGCUAUACGGCCACUCAGGGAUCCAUCUUGGCCGCCAUGUUUAACUUAUCGCAGGGAUUGGGCAGACCAGUGAUUGGCUACUACAGCGACAAGAUUGGGAGGAUCAACGUGGCCGCCCUGAGCACUCUGAUCGCAAGCCUGGCGGCGUUCUUCCUCUGGAUCUUUGCUGGCGAACACUAUGCAGGUGCUAUCGUCUACAGUCUGUUUGGUGCUUUUGCGGGCUGCAUCUGGCCUUGUGUGGCCCCUGUUGCUGCCGAGAUUAUCGGGCUGCAGCUGUUGCCUUCUGCAAUGUCCAUCACCUGGUUGGUUCUCGUCCUCCCAGCCACCUUUGCAGAGGUCAUCGGUCUCAGUCUGGUACGAUCCGGAAAGAAUGGCUACCUACACGUUCAGGUCUAUACUGGCUUCAUGUUCCUUGCCGCAUUCAUAUUUCUCUGGCUAUUGAGGAUUUUGAAGAUGCACACUUGGGAUGUGGAGGCAAGGGAAGCCGAAGUGAGAAGACAGGACUCUUGCAACACCGAGUCUGCAGCUGCUGCUGCUGCUGCGACGGGAGGCCAGAAAAUAUCUGUGGUGGACUCAAGGCUGUCGCUGGCAUAUGCAUUCAGAGCCUGCUUCACUGUGACCAACGUGUAAACAAUGGCGAGGUCUCAUGCAUUCCGAGGACUGCGGCUGGAUUCAUCUUGUGAUAAACGUAGAUAAUGUUAAUUUUCUUCAUUUUUCUUG